AUGAAUAGUGAGUCUCGUGUAUCCGACACGUAUUUGGACAAUCUUCUCCGACAACUGGAAACAUCAGAUAGUACUCAAUUGACAUCAUGUGUUCGUUCUGUAUUUAUCAAGAAUGAUUCAAGUGAAUUUUUACGUAAGUUAGAUGAUCGCAUUAAAUAUUACGAUUCAGAAAUUGAAAAAUUAUGUAAUUUUCAAUAUCAAAAUUUUGUAAAAGCAUUUCAUGAAUUGUUACAAGUGCGAAAAGAUACAACAAGUAUGAAGAAUGAACUUGUUAAAAAUAAUCAAAUGAUGCAAACAGCUGGAAAAAGUUUAGCAGAAAAAACAGAAUCACUCAUCCAACAAUACAAUCGACGGCGUAAUAUACAACAAACAAUAGAAGCCUUAUCUCAGGCAUUUCCUGUAUUCGAAACAUAUCGAAAACUUCAAGAAUGUAUGGAAGAAAAAAAACUAUAUCCAGCUUUAAAACUACUUGAACAAUUGGAAACAAAACAUUUAGUUCUUGUUAAAGAACAUCGUUGGUCUGAAAUUAUUCAACAAAAUAUUGCCAAAUUUCGUGAUGCUAUUCGGAAUGAAUCAUACAAUGAAUUAAAAAAUUUCUUAGAAAAUGUUGCUACACAUGCUGAUAAAGUUGGAAAAAGUGCUUUUGCACAAGCAUCUUCUCGUUUAAAUAUAGAUAAACGUUAUUAUAUGUUAGAAGAAGAUAGACGAAAAGAACAACAACAACAACAACAAUCAAAUGAAACAAAUGAUUCAACAAUGACCGAUACAAAUAUAACAGAAUUAAUUGAUUUUUCAUCAAUGUAUAAAAGUUUACAUAUAAAUUUAUUUUUAAAUUUAAAAGAUGAUUUUUCAAAACAUUAUCAACGUGAAAAACGAAAACAAGCACCAGUCAUUAUGGAUACACCGCCAAAAAUGCAUGAAUCAUUUGAUUCAUUUAAAAAAUAUUUACAACGUGUAACAGGAUUUUUUAUUAUUGAAGAUCAUGUAUUGAAUACAACAGAUGGUGUGAUUGAUCAACGUUUUUAUUAUGACCUUUGUGAAAAAGCUAUACAACAAUUACUAGCUGUUUUAAGAUUAGCUGUGUUAAAAUCUUAUAAUCCUGAAUUAAUGUUGGAUAUGAAAAUUGUUGUGGUUUUAUUUUGUGCAGCUAUUAAAGAAUCGGGAUUUCCAGUAAUACCGUUGUUAGAUGUCAUUAUGGAAUUAAGAGAUAAUUAUCAUCAGUUAUUAUUAUCACAAUGGGGGCAACGUUGUCGUGAUACAUUAACAAAAGAUACUUAUACACCGUUAAUAAUUGAAGAUGAAGAACAAUAUCAGAGACUAUUGCGACAAUUUCCGAUGAGAAUUGAAGCAACUGAAAAGAUACCAUUUCCACGCACUUUACCUUAUAGUGAAUCUGUGCCAAAUUUAUAUUCAGAAAUUAAAGAAUUCAUACUUGUGUGUUCAAAAUUUGCCGAAGGUUUAAAUAUUAGUAAAACAGAUGUGGACGAUAUGAUUCGUAAACCAACAAAUAUACUUUUAACAAAAAUAUUAAAAACAUGUCUAGUUGAAUUAACAGGAACCGAAUCAGAAUCUCAAUUAACUUUUUCACAACUCGUUCAAAUAUGUAUAAAUACAUUACAUUUGGAAAAUUCAAUGCCAUUUCUUGAUGAUUAUAUUGCCGCUUUAGUACAUUUGAAGUUGCAAGGUCCAUCAAUGCUCAAAGAUAUAAGAAGUCUCGUAGAAGAUCGUAUUUAUGAUAAAUUAAACGAUAAAAUUGAUCAAUGUCUUGAUAUAGGCACGCUAUUUGUUUGUUUUCUAAUUAGCAGUAAUUACAUACAAACGACAAUACAAUUUCUUGAAACUACAUUCCGUGCAUUCACACAUUUACCAACCCAACUAUCCCAAACAACAUGCUCAUCUGCGUGUAAACACAUUUCUACAUCAUUAAUGAAUAUAUUACUUAGUCCAGAUGUCAAAGCGAUAUCGCUUGGUGCUUUACAACAAUUUGAACUUGAUCUUAUGCAAUGUGAAGUUUUUGCUUCGUGCAUUCAAAUUCCAAAUUGGGACAAUAGUACAUUAUUACUCUAUUUCCAAGAUUUACGACAAUUACUUGAUCUAGUUAUAAAUAAAGAUUGGAACAAGUAUCUCACCGAUUUUGGAAAAGAAGACGCACAAUUUGCGCGUGUUACACCUCAAGCAGCAUUAAUCGUCGUGGAAAAAAUGCGAGAAGGUUUGAAACGUGCAAGACCAUUUUUUCCUUUUGGUUCUCGUCAACAAUCCGAAAAAGAUGAUAAAAAACUACUUGAUCAAGUAGCAAAAGAUUUACGUAAUUUGAUCAACGAUAGAGCAAAUUCGUGA